UUUAAUAGUUUAAAAAUGGCUAAUGAAACAUCCAUCUCAGAAUUCCUGCUCCUUGAAUUCUCAACAAUACGGGAACAGCAGAUCCUGCACUUCUUUUUAUUCCUGGCAUUGUACCUCGCAAUAGUCACAGGGAAUCUUCUCAUAAUCUCUGCAGUGGCUUUUGACCCCCACCUGCACACCCCCAUGUAUUUCUUUCUCAUGAACUUGGCCAUACAGGACCUUGGCUCCGUUUCAGCCAUUAUCCCCAAAUCCAUGGUCAAUUCCCUCACGGAUACCAGAGACAUUUCUUAUUCUGGAUGUGUAGUUCAAGUUUUCUUUUUUGUGUUCUUUGUAGGAGCUGAUUUUUUUCUCCUCACCCUCAUGGCAUAUGACCGGUACAUUGCCAUUUGCAAUCCCUUACAGUACGAAGUGGUGAUGAACAAGCAAGCCUGUACCCAAAUGGUUGCCAGUGUAUGGAUCACUGGCUUUCUUUAUAGUGUACUGCACACUGGGGGCACCUUUGCUGCAACUUUCUGCUCCAAUAUUGUCAAUCAGUUCUAUUGUGAAAUCCCACAGUUGCUUAAGAUCUCCUGCUCUGACUCAUAUCUAACUGAAGUUGGAGCUCUUGCAGUCAGCGCAGUUGUGGAGUUUGGUUGCUUUGUCUUCAUAAUUGUAACGUAUGUGCUGAUUUUUUCUACAGUGCUGAGAAUGCCCUCCGUCCAGGGAAGGCAAAAGGCCUUCUCCACUUGCCUCCCACAUCUCAUAGUUUUCUCCACAUUUGUAGUCACGGGGUGGUUCGCUUACCUGAGGCCCCCCUCUCAAACACCAUCUGACCUGGAUUUGGCAUUAACUGUGAUCUAUACGUUUGUUCCGCCCAUGAUGAAUCCCAUUAUUUACAGCAUGAGGAACAAGGAUAUCAAGGUUGCCCUGUCAAAACUGUUUGUUCCGUUGUGCUCAACUGAGAAAACCUUGUCUAGCUUUUGUGCCUAUGUCUGA